CUUGUCCAAAAACAUAUACAUAUACAUAAUACAACAAAAUCAAAACCAAGAUUAUUCGCUGCGCAAACAAAAACGUUUCAAUUCUGCUUCCUUUUCCCUUCUCUGCACCAACUGAUCGAUUCUUGAACAAUCAUAUAAGAGCUAGAACCCCCCACCUCUCUCUCCCUCUCUCUUUCUCUUUUUCUCUCUCUCUCUAGAAGUGUUUGUAUAAUGGGAAAGAAGAGAGAUGAGGGGAUGUACUUGUACUGGGAUGGGGUUGUAGAGAGCAUGCCUGUGUUUGCUAAGGAGUUAAUUGCUGGGGGUGUUGCUGGUGGCUUUGCAAAGACUGUUGUAGCACCUCUUGAGCGUGUCAAGAUCUUGUUUCAGACUAGAAGAGCAGAAUUUCAGAGUACAGGGCUUUUGGGAUCCUUUAAGAAGAUUAAAAAUACAGAAGGAGUGCUGGGUUUUUACAGAGGGAAUGGAGCCAGUGUCGCUCGAAUUGUUCCUUAUGCAGCUUUGCACUAUAUGGCUUAUGAGCAGUACCGCCGGUGGAUAAUUCUCAGUUUUCCUGACAUUGGGAGGGGUCCUGUCCUUGAUCUUGUGGCGGGAUCAUUUGCUGGAGGCACCGCUGUGCUUUUCACUUAUCCUCUUGAUUUAGUUCGAACUAAAUUGGCGUAUCAGAUUGUGGAACCACCAAAGUUGAGUGUUAAAGGACUAGUUCACACUGAACAAGUUUAUAAAGGAAUUUCGGAUUGCUUUUCCAAAACCUACAAAGAGGCUGGGAUAAGAGGCCUCUACCGUGGUGUGGCUCCAUCACUGUAUGGAAUCUUUCCAUAUUCUGGCUUGAAGUUUUACUUCUACGAGGAAAUGAAAAGCCAUGUUCCCAAGGAACGCAAGAAAGAUAUCACGGUGAAACUUGUAUGCGGAUCAAUUGCAGGUUUAUUGGGUCAAACUUUCACGUACCCUCUCGAUGUUGUUAGGCGACAAAUGCAGGUCCAGCGGCUCUUGGCAUCUAACCGGGGAGAACUGAAAGGAACAAUGGAAAGCCUUGUAAUGAUUGUACAAACGCAAGGAUGGAAGCAAUUAUUUUCAGGGCUGAGCAUCAACUACUUGAAGGUUGUACCAUCAGUGGCAAUCGGUUUCACAGUCUAUGAUGUUAUGAAAUCAUUCCUGAGAGUUCCAUCACGAGAUGAAGCUGUUGUAGAGGUGGUGACCACCAACCAAAGAAAUAGCCAACCAUCAUCCUUGCACUCUUAACAAAAAUCUUAAAACUCAAACUAGUCAUUUUGACAUAGUUAUUGAUUGAGCUUUGCCUUGCCUUCUCAAUAAUAUUUGAAGGCAGGCUCCUUUUUUUGAGGUCAUUUUCAUUUGUAUGGUCCAUUCUUUCUAGCUGUAACAUAGGGCUUCUGUAGAUCAUACCUCUUUCUGUAAUAAAUCAUUAAGCCAGCACAGGUCGCUAGCUGAUUAGAGGUCCUCUCUUGUGGCUUAUAUAUCAUAGCUUCCUUAAGCAUGAUGCAAAUGUAUCUUUACAUGACAGGAUUCAAAUACUGCGCACAUAAAUAAAGGUCAAGAUCAUUUUUUAGUAUUU